GAACGUGCUAAAUUUACAUAUCAGUGUCUGGUCAUCAGUCAUUAUGCUGAUAAAAUGAUGUGUAAAUUAUCUUAUAAUUUAUCAGGAGCGUACCUGAAACAUUUUAACUUGUACCCCCAUACAAUUCAGCAAGCUGUCAACAUCUGAAUGUUUCUUUAUUUUGAUCUGAAUGUAUUAUCCACUGAUGAUGUAUUUUUUUGAAGAAUAAAAACAUCAUUUCAGGCAUUCAGAAUGCUAAUAUUCAGUCAAAUUAAGACGUACUAAAUCAGUGAAAACAUACAAGUAUAUACAGUAUGCAUCUCUUUAGUAUGCAUCCCUUUAUUUUAAUGUUUGAUUUUUAUCUCAAAUGAAAAACUCAUAUAUAGCAUGCCUGUCAUUUUAUGUGAUAUCUGAGUCUUUUUAUGUUAAUUUAAUGACUGAUUUCUUACUUUCAAAGACAGCAAUUUAUUAUUCAAUAUGCAAAUGUAAAAAAGACAUGAACUUUUAUGUAAAGAAAAUAAAAAAUGAAUGGGUUAAUCUUUAAAUCAUGUAUAAAUUAAGCACUUUUCUCGACCUUGUUACAAAACUCCUUGUUGAUUUUGAAUUUUUAAAACAUAAAUUUUUUAACAUAGUAUAUGAUUGUUUGAAAGCUUGCUUGUAGACCAUAUUUAAAACCUCAGUAUUUGAUUUAACAAAUAACCAUUCAAUUGACAAGCACAUGGAUUAUACUUUGUAAAUAAAUAUUAUCCAAUGGCUUACUUUGACCCUUGGCAAAUGACCGGGUGAAGCGUAGCUGCCAUUCAUCUCAUGUUAAGGAAUUAUGUGAACAGUGCACACUGCAGUUAAUCAGUGGCAAAAACAGUAGGUGCUUGAACCCAAGAAUGUCUGAAAACCGAGCACCUAGGUAGAUUCUACCCCCUUCUGACGAUCAAUCAGAUGGCGUUAAUAUCACACAUUUGAAAGUGGGAAAUGAAAAAGUACCUGAAAUCCAUGAAUGAGACAGAAGAUAAACCCUCGCACAAUGCGUCUGUUGUCGUGCUUUCCACUGGGGCUCAGGGAACAGGAACGAGCGUCCUACUGAAAAUGGACAAACACAGUUACAUCUUUAAUGCCCCAGAUGGCAUCACCAGAGCUAUGUUUGCAGGGUUUUUGGGAGAGAUUCCAGCAAUGGAAAAUGUUUUUUUGACAUCAAGAAGCAUUGAAGCUGCUGGUGGAAUCAUGGGUUUGAUGAUGGCAGAUCAUACUCCAAGUGAUGGCCCAAUUAAGAUCCAUGGACCAGCCAAAGUUAACAGUAUAUUGAGAAUGAGGCAUGCCUUCUCGGAAAAGGGUAAAGUGAAACGAAACAGUAUUGAUUGGCGAGGCAUUUCUCACCAAAGAUAUGAAGAUUCCCAAGUAAUUGUUGACUACGUUGAUUUAUAUGAUGACAAAAAAAUACAUCAUGAUACUAAAGACAUUCCUGAGAAGCAUAAAGAUGGAGAUAGCAAACUUGAAAGGUCCAAGAUGAAGAAUUCAGCUAACGUGAUAAGUGAAUUGUUUGAAAUGGAUGAUGUCAGUAUUAAUACUACUAAAGACAAAGAACACCUCAUGAUAAAUGAUACUUCUAGUGACCAAAAAAGCCUCAUAGAUGAUACAGAAAGCAGAGCAAACAUGGUGAUGGCUUAUAUUGUUCAGGUGAAGAAAUCUUCUCCACAAAUUGAUACAGAAGCAAUAUUGAACCUUGGGAUGGAAAGUGGACCGUGGGUUGGAGAAUUGAUGAAAGGGAAAACUGUAGUGCUUCCAGAUGGUUCUGAGGUUCGACCAGAAGAUGUCAUGACAGGACAUAGUGACGAUUGUGGACCAUUUCUUGUGUUGGAAGUUCCAUCCAAGGGAUACCUCCAGUCACUGGUCAAUUCCCAGCCCCUUAAAGAUCUGAUGGCACUUAAACCAGAGUUGGUCAUUCAUAUGACUCCAAAAAGAGUAAUGGACAACCCAGUGUAUGAACAUUUCAUGAAGAGGUACGAUUGCUGCCACAUUGUUCUCAAUGAAGAUUCUGGCAUGAGAUAUUACAGAACAGUACACAAACUCUGUAGUUUAACAAACCAUGUCCAUGGGGGCAUCUUUCCAUACCCAAAAGGAUUUACAGACGUUUAUAAUAGAUGCCAAUCUCAACACUUCGUUGACAGUGAAUUUGGGUUGAGGUACAUUUUGAGACCCAAGCAUGGGAAAUGCAUCGAUUGGAGUAUGUGUGACGCUGCAUUUGAUAAAGAAGAAGAUUUGAGAUAUGAAAUUGAUGAAAAUAUAUUUCAUGGUUUAAAGAGUUUAAGAAAAAAUGGUGUAUUUACAAGUGAUUUUUCAAAGGAAUCUUUUAUGCUUGAAGUUGGACUUUUCAAAGAAAUUUGCAAACGGCAGGAUUCAACAGCCCAAAUCUUUUCUGGGGAAUAUCCAGUUAUAACAUUUUUAGGAACGGGCUCCAUGACGUCAGGGUUUAGAAAUUCCACAGGGAUUCUGUUGGAAACCCAGAAAGAUGAGUUUAUGCUUUUGGAUUGUGCAGACAGUACAUACCAUCAAAUGUUGACCAUGUUUGGCCACGAGAAAACUAUGCACAUUUUGUGUAAUCUAAAGGCAAUAUUUGUGUCUCAUAUGCACUUGGAUCAUCAUGGGGGUGUUCCAACCAUACUGUAUUGGCAAGGUCAGGCUAGAAAGAAUAAAGACAAGCUGAUUGUAUUAGGGUCUCCGGUGUUAAAGAAAUUGUUGAAUUUGUACUCAAAGCACAUACAAGAUAUCCAAGCACAUACAGUAUUUAUUCCUCAUGACAAAACUGCUCUCUGGGAGAGGGAGAAACACAAAUUUGAUAUUGUUCUCCAACGAUUAAACCUCAAGUCUUAUUUACCAGUGCCAGUUAAUCAUGGGUGUGGUUGUCUAGGGAUGGUAUUGCAACAUAACGAUGGCUGGAAACUGGUUUACUCAGCAGAUACCAUGCCCUCUGAUAAGCUUAUAAAACAUGGUCAAAACUGUGAUAUUUUAAUCCAUGAAGCCACAAUGUUUGAUGUCCAGCUCCAAGCUGCAAAAAAUCUGUGUCACAGUACUGUAAGUCAAGCUAUUCGUACCGGAAAACAAAUGAAUGCCAAGUUUACACUUCUCACCCAUUUCAACAAGAGGAUGAGACAUAUACCAUUGUUUAGCGAUGCGUUUACAGAGGACGUUGGCUAUGCGUUUGAUUUCAUGCAGGUGAAGCCAAACCAGCUGCAUUUGCUGUAUCAUAUGAAACCCGUCUUUAAUGCUUUAUAUGGACCGUCUAUUGCAAGUCAGGAGCUUUUAAUGCAAAAGUACGCUAGUGCUAGAAAUCAGACAGAAAUGUUUUCAAAGGGCAUUUUGGAAGCAAGAGAGACACAAGACAACUUAAACUACAUAGAGUUUUUGGAAACUUGUAAAAUGGAUAGGAACCACUGGAAAAAUGGAAAUUUGAUGGAAAAGCUGAAAAUAGUGGAAGACAAUAGCGACAAGGAUAGUGGCUAGGAACACAUGUGUGACGAAGAAAAUGACUAGGAAAUCAUGUGUGACAAAGAUAACGAUUUGGAAAACAUGGGUGGCAAAGAUAGCCACAAGGAAAACGUGUUUGACAAAGAUAUCGACUUGGAACACAUGUGUGACAAAGAUAAUGACUAGGGAAACAUGUGUCACAAAGAUAAAGACUAGAAAAACAUAUGACAUAAUGCUGGGAUAACAUGUGCAACCAAGAUAAUGACAAGGAAACACGUGUGGCCAAAGAAAUGACGAGGAUAAUAUUUUUGACAGAGAUAAUGACAAGGAAAAUAUUUGUGACACGGAAAGGCACUUGUGAAUAAAGUGGAAAUCUGAUGGAAAAGCUGAGAACAGUAGAAUAUAUAAUCAACAAAGAUUAUGACGGAAAAUGAAUAAAAUUAUGAAUUAC